CAACAGCAGACUGCAAAAUAGAACGGCACUGAGUUUUGUUAACUUACAGUUAAAAAAAAUGUUUUCGUUUGCAAACAGACAAGCUUAUUAGUUUUUUCCACUGCCAGAUCAAUUAAAAAGUCCACGCUUCAGUGGCGGUGUUUAUGGCUGGGAGGUGGCAGGCGUUAGCUGUUAGCUUCGGGGUUAGCCACACCGAUGCUAAGGAAGUGUAGCCUUGUUUACAGGAAGUAGUAGCAUAUAGUAAAAGUGAAACAGAUUACAACGUCGCUGUAUUCAAAAGCGUGAAAUACAUGUAAACGUGAGAGUUAUUAAUAUUUAUGUUUUAUUUUAGAGAAUAAAUAGAUUAAUGACGUGCAGGCGGUAAGAAUAUUAGGUCCGUCCGGUUCGCGAACAAGUAGCAUACUCUUGUCAACUUUUACUUAUUUCCGUGUGACGGUUUAAUAGUUCGUUUUUUUUAUUAUGUAUCUGUGCUCCAUGCUGGAAGAAAAUGCAUAUUAGUGGGAACUAUUACUGCGUCGCGACACCUGUUGUUUCUUUGAAGUCCUGCCCUGAGACAUGGAUUUCCUCACUUUGUUUGCCAUCUACAUUGCUGUGGUGUUGACGUGCAUCGUCCUAGUCUGCAAAUAUUCCGGACAGAAGCAAAAUCCUUUGAAUAUUUUCCUCAGCUGUACAGCAAAGGUUUUUGCACCAAUUACUCCAAAAUGGCUCCAGCGGUUUUCACAAUGGACAAUGCACAGAUUAUUUCAUCAAAGGAACAACACGUUCAUCUACCUGCAGAUCCUGCUAGAGGCCGCUGUGUAUGCAGAGUUCACCUACGAAGUUUUUGGUUUCUGCAGAGAUAUGGACACCACCCUGACCAGCCUGUCCGUACCUUACAUCCUGCUCGCUGUGAAAACUGUCUUCUUCUACCUCUGCAUCAAGAAAGAUCCAGGCACCGUGACCAUGAAGAAUGUAUCCAGCCAGUUGUACUUAUAUCCAUACGACAAGAGGCUGUUUCACCCGGGCGUCACUUGCCCGACCUGUAAGCUUAUCAAACCUGCCCGCUCCAAACACUGUAGUGUGUGCAACAGGUGUGUCCGGCGGUUCGACCACCAUUGCAUCUGGGUGAACAACUGCAUCGGUGGCCAGAACACACGAUACUUCAUGUUGUACUUGUUCAGCGUCUGUGCCAUGGCGGGUGACGUUUCCCUCCUGACAGUCGACAUGUUGCUUCACGCCGUGUUGCGUUCAGGGCUCCUGAGGGCCAGUUAUGUAGACGAGCACGGCCAGCAGCAGCCUGCUGGGCCUGUAUUUAUCAUACAGCAUCUGUUCCUGACCUUCCCCCGAAUCAUUUUCAUGCUGGGAUUUGUGGUCUUUGUCUUUUUCCUGCUGGCCGGUUAUGCCCUGUUCCAUUCCUUCUUGGUUCUCGUCAAUCAGACGUCCAACGAGUGGUACAAAAGUCGAGGUUUCUCUUGUCAGCACUGCCGCCCAACUUCGACAGCAGAUCACCUUUGUGGCACAGCGCCGUCGAGAAGGUACUUCUACAGCAGAGGCUUACUCCGAAAUUUGGGGGAGAUUUUUUUUCCUCGACAACCUUUUCGGAAAAAACACACUUAGGAACCUGUCAGGUUGCAUCCCUGAUUCAGGACUGCUACUGAGACAAUAAACUUUAUUUCUGACAUUUUUUAUGUAAAACAUUUGUUUGACCAAUAAAUGGCGUGGUUAAAAUUUAACAAAUAAGAAUGGCUAUUAUUUGACAUUUGUGUGUCAGUCUAUGUGUGUUAUUCAUUGCAAUUUGAAUGACAGCCUCACUAUCAACCGGAUCCAUAGUUUCACUCUUCCUUAAUGAGACCAAAGGCAUUGAUAAUGCAGGACUAAGGCACUGUCUUUAACUGCACAAUACAAUUAAUACUGUAAUACUACUCAUGACAAAGAGAUAAUACAGUGGAUCCUUCGUUUUUAAAUGUUCACUAAAAAUGCACCGUUUGUGAUGGUAUGGGGGUGUAUUAGUGCCCAAGGCAUGGUUAACUUACACAUCUGUGAAGGCAACAUAUGUUGCCAUCCAAGCAACAUUAUCAUGGACGCCCCUGCUUAUUUUAGCAAGACAAUGCCAAGCCACGUGUUACAACAGUGUGGUUUGAUAGUAAAAGAGUGCGGUUACUAGAUUGGCCUGCUUGUAGACCUGUCUCCCAUUGAAAAUGUGUGGCACAAUAUGAAGCCUAAAAUACGGCAACGGAGACCGGACUGUUGAACAACUUAAGCUGUACAUUAAGCAAGAAUGGGAAAGAAUUCCACCUGAAAAGCUUCAAAAAUUGGUCUCUUCAGUUCCCAAACGUUUACUGAGUGUUGUUAAAAGGAAAGGCCAUGUAACACAGUGGUAAAAAUGCCCCUGUGCCAACUUUUUUUGCAAUGUGUUGCUGCCAUUCAAUUCCAAGUUAAUGAUUAUUUGCGGAAAGAAAAAGUAAGUUUCUCAGUUCGAACAUUAAAUAUCUUGUCUUUGCAGUCUAUUCAAUUGAAUAUAAGUUGAAAAGGAUAUUCAAAUCAUUGUAUUCAAUUUUUAUUUACGAAUUACACAACGUGCCAACUUCACUGGUUUUGGGUUUUGUAGAAAUGGCUCUGCUGAAGUGGAAGCUGGUUGCAUCAGUUCUGUGUUUGUUUAAUGUCUUUUAUGUCCUUUAAUGUUUCUCUCUUUUGUGUUUUUACCUUAUUUUGUAGACUUUUUGAAUCUGCAUCUGCACUGCAACCACAUCAUUUUCCUCAUGUGGGAUGAAU